AUGGCUUACCGACCAGCAAACCACAUUGGGAAACUGGGCGUGAAUGUGCCCACCAACGGCGGCGCAGACGAAAGGUGUGUUGUCAAGUGGCAUCAGCAAGUAUUAGGGAUGCCAACAGUUACUAUUUUUACCCGCAUAACCUUUAUCCAAUCCUCGCCCCCGGUAAAAGGAGACUUUUAA